AUGGCGAACCAAUGUAUAGAAGACAUUUUAGGAGCUCACGGCGUUCCCUACGACAUCGAUCAAGAUGUGACAGCUUUGGUGUUAGAAUUAUCUGAAAUUGCGGCGACUCUUUUAGAUGGCGGUCGUACUGCACAUUCUGCGCUUAAGUUGCCACUGAAUUUAAACACAAAUGAUACUCCAACAUGCAAUAUUUCCCAAUCCAGUGCAAUGGGAAAAUUGUUGAUGCAAUGCAUUGUUUGGGAUGAGUGCACAACGGCACAUAAGAAAUCACUUGAAGCACUUAACUUCACACUGAAGGAUCUUCGGCGAAAUAACAACAUCUUUGGCGGCUUGAUGAUAUUGUCGGCAGGCGAUUUCAGGCAGACGUUGCCAGUAAUUCCCUGUGGAACGCCUGCAGAUGAAUUGAAUGCUUGCCUGAAGGCAUCACCUUUAUGGAAUAACGUAAAAACAUUAUCGCUAACCACUAAUAUGAGAGUUCAACUUCAAAAUGAUCAAAGUGCUGCACCAUUUUCCAAACAAUUGUUAGCUGUUGGAAAUGGAAAAGUCCCAGUGGUCCAGACAUCUGGAUUAAUUACUCUUACCAACGACUUUUGCCGAUUUGUAGACUCUCAAUUAGCUCUUAUUGAAAAUGUUUUCCCAAACAUUAGUGAGAAUUAUCAGAAUUAUGCUUGGUUAAGUCAACGAGCAAUUCUUGCCGCGAAGAAUAAUGAUGUACACGCCCCGAAUUUCACCAUUCAAUAA